AUGCCCCCCAGCUGCCAGGCCCUGCUGGAUGCCCAGGCGUUGCCUGACCUGCCCGAACGCAACUGGGUGCUCAGCCAGGCUUGUGCCCCUUACCAGCGCCUGUGCCCACCUGGUGGGGCCCAGCACUCCUGCGCCUCACUCACUGCCCGGCUCUGUCACCGUCGCCUCCAGGAGUGCCGCGAGCGGGCAGUGCCUGUCCGGCGCAUCCUGCCUCAUCCCAAGUUUAACCCCAAGACGUUUCAUGGGGACCUGGCACUGCUGGAGCUGGCAGUGCCCCUGUCCCCCUCGCCCACUGUCAGCCCCGUGUGCCUGCCCAGCAGCCCUGUGGAGCCCAGCCCCGGCACUGCCUGUUACAUUGCAGGCUGGGGUUCCCUCUAUGAAGAGGGGCCAGCAGCUGAUGUGGUGAUGGAGGCGCGGGUGCCCCUGCUCAGCCAGGAGACAUGCCGGGGUGCCCUGGGCAGGGACAUGCUCACCAAUGCCAUGUUCUGUGCUGGGUACUUGUCUGGGGGUAUCGACUCCUGCCAGGGAGACUCAGGGGGCCCGCUGGCGUGCCAGGACCCCUCCUCGCAACGCUUCGUCCUCUACGGCAUCACCUCGUGGGGCGAUGGCUGCGGUGAGCAGGGCAAACCAGGUGUCUACACCCGCGUCGCCACCUUCAUAGACUGGCUCAGCCUCCAGAUGGACCCUGCCCCUGGCAGCCGGGAACCAAGCUGCUUUGACCUGCUGACGGUGGCUCAGCUGCCCCCAGAGCAGCAGCCACCCGAGCGUGCCCGACUUUGCUCCUUUUAUGCUGGAUCCUGCCGGCCCCCCCAGGGCCGGGCUGCCUGCGCCCGCCUGGCCGAGGAGACCUGCCGUGCCAGGACCAGAGGAUGCGAGCUGCAUUCCUACGCCCAGACCUUGGUGGAUCUCCUGCGCCAGGCUGGGGAAUUCAUCCGAAAUCAGUUGGAUUUCUCCUUCCUCACCCGUACCCUGCCCCAGCUCCUGGGCAAGAUCUAUGGGCACCUCUUCCCUCCCCGUGUCCGCAGGGAUGCUCCAGGCUUGACUGUGGCAGAGGACCAGCCCAGCUCCAUAGCACAGGGAUCCCAGAAACCCCCCACCAGGCGGGAGGCUGGGCAGCCACCCCCCUUCGCAGGGCUCUUCAGGGCCGUGGGGCCCCGGCUGCAGGACUGGGUGGAGGCGCUGGGGGCCAUGGCGGGGGGCAGCCCCCCGGCACCCACCCUGGAGGGGGGGCAGCUGCCCGGGGAGACAUGGCUCUUCUUGCAGGUAUCUGGGGAGAGAUGGGCUGGGGGGAGCCCCUGCCCUUCUGCCCCACCAUGCUCUGCCACCCCAUACCUGGCUGUGCCCAUGGAUGUCCCACUGCUCACCCUGUCACCUUCCCUUCAGCAGGGUGAGAAAGCAGUGGAAGAGCUGGUAGGACAGGGACGAGCCUUCCUCACCCAGCUGCGGGCAGAGCUGGACCUUGCCACCCCUCUUGAAGCCAUGGAGCCACGAUGGGCAUCCGGAGAGCUGGCAGGGACCCCUGCACCAAGCCGGUCUGCGCUGAGGGAGAAACGUGAGCUCCUGCCCACAGAGCUGUCAGGGGUGGAGGAGGAAGAGGCAGGCACAGGCAGAGCCUGCCCUGGCCUAAACGAGUCAGCAGUGCGGGUGGAUGCGGUGCGGGAGCUGUAUGCCUGGGUACUGCGGGUGCCCGAGCCAGACCUGGCCAUGACCUUCCAGGAGAUCCUGGUGGACUUGAGCUCUAAGAACAACAAGGGGCUGUACCGGGCACAGGUGCGGGCCAUGGUGGGGGGCCGCCCCAUCGCCUUCGCUGGCCUGGUGGGGCUGGAGAGCGACUCGCUGGCCCGCAGCAUGCCCGGCCUCGUCGCUCUGGCACUGGAGGCGCUGAAAACCUGA